GGAAUUUUCAUUGUUUUUUCAUUGCUGAAACAUGGGGAAACUCCGUUUGUAUAGGAAAAUUCGCCGCAGGGCGCGCGGCAUAUAAAGCUGUGACUCACACGCCUACACCUCAGUGCAGUUGCGACAGCAGUCCAUCGCGCGCGUAAUUCAAAAACAUGUCGCGCCUCGCUGUGUUUGAUUUCGAUCGAACGAUAGUAGACGAUGAUUCCGACGCCACAAUAAUAAAUAAACUGAGAGAAAAGAAGCCUCCUCCCGAAUUUGACUCAUCGAGCCACGACUGGACACCGUAUAUGAGUGAUGUAUUCGAGCAUGCGUUCACGUCAGGGUUCAGCCAGGAAGACAUCCUGGCCGCGAUCGCGUCCAUGAGACCGACAGCGGGGGUCGAGCAGCUGAUAAGCAGCCUGGCGACCGCCGGCUGGGACGUGCUGGUGCUCACAGACGCUAACUCCGUCUUCGUCAACCACUGGAUCAAGAUCCACAAUCUACAGGACGCAGUGACAUCAGUGAUAACGAACCGCGCGUUCUGGCAGAACGGGCGUCUAUACAUCGAGCCGUGUAUGCGUCAGAGCGCAUGCGCGCGCUGCCCCUCCAACCUGUGCAAGUCAGUAGCGCUGGCGCAGUGGUGCGCGCAGCGACCGCCCUACACCAGCAUAGUGUACAGCGGCGACGGAAGGAACGACUACUGUCCUGCUACUAAUCUGCCCCCGCAUGCGAUAGUUUUCCCCCGGCGAGGCUACCCCCUAGACGACAUGAUUAAGAAGACCCUGUCUACCCCCACACCGCAAGUGGCCGCGAAGGUGGUCCCCUGGGACGACUGCCACACCAUCAUCCGGGAACUCUUCCCGGAACAGUCGCACAUCAUUUGUCCGACCAAGUAGUGUUAGCUGAUGGUUUUUACACUUUACUUGUAAGGGUCGAACCACGUCUGUCAGCAUCGAUACUAUUGAUAGCUCAUUUGGAUCGAUAUACCUAAUAGAAUACAAUAACUAUUUAUUGCAUAUAAAAGAAACACCUUACAUAAACUGUCACAUACAGGAUAAUUAAAAAACAUAAUAAUGGGUUCUUACCACGUUUAAAUCAGGGAUAUGAGACUCCCGAUAUUUCGACACUGUUGCAAGUGCCAUGAUCACGGGAUGACUGAACUCUCUCAACUCUCUCUCAACGUCUGGGCGGUAACAACCCUUUAUUGGUGUUAAUUCCUGUAAAUACCAUCUAAUUUUAUAUUAAGUUAUAUCUGUCAUUUUCUUAUCCGCCGAAAAGGAAAGGGACGGGUAAUCGACGAGCAUACAAUUUAUGGAACACACGUCAAUUUUAAGCACAAAUCUAAACCAACCGUCUAAAAAUUUUACAUCCGUCAAUAACCCGACACAGUUAAGUAGACAGCACGUCAAACGGAUUGCAUACCAGCGACGUACCUUUUGAUUCGCCCGGGUUAUUCAUUCAUUCACUCAUUCUUCCUAAAAUUAAGAGCUGUGAAUCAUCCGUCCCUUUCCUUUUCGACGGAUAAGAAAAUGACAGGUAUAACUUAAAAUAAAAUUAGGCGGUGUCUACAGGAAUCGGGGCCAAUAACCGCGUAAACCUAAAACGAUGCACAUACAGGAUGUUACUGACACCUUAACGAAAACUUUGAAGGAUCAUUCAGACCAUGAUUCUGUGUUGAUAUCAAAUGGAAUUUUCCGUCGCAAAUAUCGAACUGAAAAUAACUAAAAAAGACAAUAAAAUUUUCAUGAAUUUUCCGACAGGAAUGCCGCUUGAUAUCAACUCAGAAUCAUGGUAUGAAUCAUUCCCCUCAGUAUUCGUUACGAUGUCACUUACACCCCGUUCAAGUACACACAGGUAGCCAUACAAGUAGGUAUGGGUGUUAGUGACACCGUAACGAAUACUGAGGGGGAUGAUUUAUAUUAUGAUUCUGAAUUGAUAUCAAGCGGAAAUUCCUGUCGGAAUAUUUUUGAAAAUUUAACUGUCUUUUUUUAGUUAUUUUCAGUCCCAUGUUGUGUUCUAAACUGCAUAGAACCCAGUAAUAAAAAACUAAAUUGCGACGCAGCAAACUCAAACGUCCCACUGCUGGGCACAGGCCUCCCCUCAAUCAGCCGGAGGGGGUAUGGAGUAUACUCCACGCUGCUCCACUGCUGGUUGGUGGAGUCAUGGGAAGUAUGUUUUGAUAUUAAGUAUACGAAACGUCGUCCUAAAUAGCCAAUUUUAGUGAAAAUAUUGUAUUUUAUAUUUUAAUUGUAAAUUAUUUUUUAUUCAACCUAGCUUAUUAUGUAACUUGUGAUGGAAAUUAUAUAAGUAUCUACCUCGUUA